UUUUGGAAUAUGAACGACUUUGUUCUUUUUGUGAAAUUUUAAAUUUUAUGUAUUUUCCUGAAGAUAGUCAAUUAAAAGGACCGAAGACGUUAGAUUAAUAAAUACGUCAUUGACCACUAGAGGACGUCAUGUGACCGGAAGCUUUGAGAGUUCUAGGAAAGCUUAUCCGAUUGCGCACGCGUCAGUGUUUAGCGGGGGAAGUUUAAAUUUCAGACGUUAAGAAGCAUUUUAAAGAUAAUCUUGCUAUUCGAUCAGAAAUUAUGGAGUUAGAUCCUUUCACAAAGAAACUUUUAGCACGAACACAAGCUCGUCGAGAAAAUUUAAGUAAAAUGGAAACAAAUACAACAGGAGCAGCAGUAAGGAAAAGAAGAAUACCUAUGUCUGAAAAAACAAAUGCAGAUUUUUCUGAUGAUAACUUAAAAACACAGUCUUCAAGUAAAGAAAGUCCAAAAAGACCUUGCUUACAGGAUGAUGAGAUUAAUAAUGAGAACAAUGAAGAUUUAACAACUGUUAGUGAAGUAGAGUCUAAAAUAGAAAAUAAAGAAAAUAUUGAUAAAAUGGAAAUUGAAUUACAACAAGAAAACUUUUCAUCAAAUGAAAGAAAUUUAGAUAAAGAUAAAACGUCUGCUGCUGAUUUUCCUGUUUCUAACAAUGAAUUGCAUGAAGAAUCAAUUACACAGGCACGUUCUAGUUGUAAAAAACGUUUAGCUGCUUUGGCUGCACGUAUUAACCAGUGGGAAGAUGAUUUCACUUACCAUUCUUCAUCUGAAAGAUUUGUUAGUAAACCUUCUACUAAUGAUUCACAUACUAAUUCUGUGGUGUCUAAAAAUAAUACUUUUACUAACCAUUCUAAAAAGACUAAUAUUAAUAUAGUGCAUACUGAGCAGAAUAACAGUAGUAAUAAUAGCUGUAGAGAAACUUCAGAUGAAAAUUCUAACAUCAGUAAUAAAAUAUCUGCUUCAAAUGGUGGUGGAAACCAGAUUCUAAAAUCCAUUAUAAAGAAAGAUAAGAAUCAUUCACAACAGGUGAGAAAAGUUGUCGUUUGGGAUCAUGCAAUUCUGGAAACUUUGGAAUGCCAAGGUUUCACAAAAUCUCCUUCUACAACCAAAUUACAAUAUGAGUUUUCAAAUAAUUCAUCAAAAAAGACUACAGAACCAAUUUUAGAACCCAAGGAGGAGAAGUUUCAUUCUGUUCCUGAUUUAAAAACUAAUGAAAAUAAUAAUAAUAAUAGUAAUAAAUUAAUUUCUUCUAGAAAUGAAGAACAACAUGCUGAAAAUGUUUACAGCAAGGAUGUAGAUCCAGCUGAACUGCCAUUGUCAGCUCGGAGAGCUCUUUUUGAGAAAGCUUUUAUUCAUGGAAAUAAUAUAAAUUGUGAAAAUCCAGAAAAGCUUUCAGUAGCUGAAAGAGCAGCUUUAUUUGAGAAAAGUUCUGGUUUUUGCAAUGCAAAAGCGUCAAAUUUUCAAAGUUUCAAUCAGAGGAAACAAAAUGAGUCUUCAUUUAGUCAGAAAUCAGAAAUAUCAUCAAAUAAUUCAUCAUUAAAGCCAGUAUCUAGUGUUAAACCUUCAACUGAAUUACCUAUUAAUUCUUCUCCGAGUAAAAUUGGAAAUCAUACUCGUAAAGUUCAACAUCAAUUACUCUCAUCCAAAGACACAAGUUGGCAGAAUAAUGAAAUUAGUAUGAAGACAAAAAUUGAACGACAGAAUGAAAUGGCCGUUCUACUAAAUCGCUGGGAACGUGCAUCCUCCAAAACAAAAACUGAAAAUUCUAAUCAAAAAAAUAUGCAAAUGAAGAGUCCUAUUUACUGCAAGCAACCUGUAAAUGAAGAUAUCAACUAUCCAAUACCAUCAUUAUCUACUAUAAAUGAUAUGGAAGAAAUAUCUGAGGAUGAUGAUGAAAUACAACAAUCUGAGAAUAAUAGUGAAGAAGAAAUGUAUGAAUAUGAAGAGGAGGCGGAAGAACAAGAGCAACAACCUAUUGAAGAGGAGAAAAUUUAUGAAGAAAAUAUUAAAAAUAAUUCAAAUUUAAAUGAAAGUGAAAUGGUAAAUGAAGCAGUAGCUAUCUGUGAAGAAAUUGAUGAAUUAUUAGAUGAUGCAUUAAGUGACUGUGAGUCCAGCAGUAGUACAGAAUCACUUGUUCCUGUUAAACAGAGUGCCAACCCAGAGGUAACUCAAACUCCAGUUAAAUCAUCAGUUCUAAAUAAACCAACACAAAAUAAUAAAACACCAAUAUCAUCAUCAGUAGCAGAACCUUCAACAAUAGUUUCAAAACAAAUUGACUCUUCAACUACAGCUUCAAAACCUGAAGAUUUGCUACCAAAAUCCAUUAUUGACAAUGGUGAAGAAGUUCCAUUACUGCAUACAAUAAGUUUUUAUCGUCGAAAGAAACAGGGACAACAGUUACUCACUCCUGUGAAGAAAAUUGUUAGAAGGGAAGAAGUGCACAGUCCUCCCUCACCUGAUGAAGAAAGUAGAAUUGCCACAUUACAACAAAAAAUAAAAUGUCUUCAAGAAGAAAUACUUUCUCAACAAACAAUCAUUAGUCAAGCAACCCAAGCUUUAAAUUUAUGUCAUGCCACAACAGAAUUUUUUGGUUCUACUGAACAAGUUGAAGGCGAACGAUUAUUGCUUAUAGCCACUCAGAAAAGACAAGCAUAUCUGAAUGAAAUUCAGCGUCUAAAAACUGAUGGAGCAUUGAGAAAGAAUUCAGAAAAUGGAAUGGGAACAUUAACUCUUACAGAUAUAAGUUUAGGAAUUAAACGAGAAUUUCUAACGGCCCAAGCAGAAGGAAGAUUAGACAAUAAUGUACACUACUUCAUUUGUCUUAUUCGAUAUGGAGCCCAACUAAUAGCAACCCAAAUGUUAUCUACAGAUGGAAUUUCUGGAAAUACACUCAAUUAUACGAAUUAUAUAACACUACAAGAACUGCAGAGUGAUUUUUGUGUUUCAUUUGAAGUGUUUGCAUUGGUAUGUAUUUGUUACCCCAUAACAAGUCCUGGUGGUCCAAAUGCUGUGAGAACUCCCAGUUUUGCAUUAAUUGGUUUCACUCGUUUGUGCCUUACAAAUUGCAAUAAAAGUUCAUAUACUCUAGAAAAAGUUCCUUAUCAAUCACCAUUAGAAGGUGUUGUUUAUAUGAAAGUUCAGUUACAUGCUGAGCAUAGAAUUGAAGAAAAAGGAUUUUUGACAAUGUUUGAAGACGUGAGUGGAUUUGGAGCGUGGCAUCGUCGUUGGUGUAUACUGAAAGGAAAUAAUUUAGCAUACUGGAAAUAUCCUGAAGAUGAUAAGAAAAAGUAGACCGUCCUGUAACACA